AUGCUGCGCGAGCAGCUGUUCCUCAAGGAGGAGUACAAGCUGGACUCGAGGCUAUCGCAGGCGCUUUCGAGGUGCGACUCGAUGCGUGAUCCUUCGCUGAACGGCCUUCUGAAUGCAGACGACGCGGCGGAAGAGCCGGAGGCCGCCUACCCGGGCGACGGCAGCCAGGAUCCGCCGAUGUUGUACCGCGACCUGGACUGGAAGCCCUUGGAAUGCUUUUACUACCCGAUUAGACCAGGUGACUACUCGCCGUUGAGCCCUGACGGGGAGAUGCUGGAGCGCAGCGGGAAGAUCGGGGUCGACUUCUGGCGGUGGCACCGCGACCGCGCGCCCCUGGGAUACACGCCUCCGCUGUGCACCUGUAAGCGUACUGAGGACACCAUCGCGAUGCUUAAGCGCUGUGUGAUGCGGCAGAAGUACCCAAUGGAGCACCGUGUAUGCGACAACGACGUCUGCAGAGGGCUGCUGUACAUACCGCACAGCCUGUUGGAGAUCCCGCUGAACCGGAUCAUAAGCAACGGGAGCGAGUUCGUGCGCCACGUGGCUGUUCCGAACGACACCGACGUGUACUGCGGCAACAUGAAGCACACGCUGGUGAUUUGCACGACUUCGGCGGAACACGAGGCCGAGUGUCUGGAGGCGAUUCGCAAAAGCGACGUCCCAGACUCGCUCAUAUACUACGUGAAUUCGGAAGGGUUCAUUCCGUACUUCAAGCAUUACGUGAUUACCGGCACAUUACCGCCAUUGAUGACCGUGGAACCCAUCGACUCCGACGUGUCUGACUCUGAGGAAAACUACGGCUUCGGCGAGACCUUCGCCAUCAAGUUCGGGAAGCACGGGAUGGUGAUUCACAAGUACGAUGUGGCUGGCCAGUCGGUUUCCCCUAUUGAAGACUCCAUGCUGCGGUCCUGGGUAGGCAAAGACGCAGACAUGGCCGAGGUGCCCCCGCAGGAGCCCGUCACGGCGUUGAGCGACUACGUGAUAUGUGAGCUCAUGGAAUGCUUCUCCAACGACCGUAGGCCUCUGGCGUUUGAGUUGCGAGGGUGCAAACCUGCCCCUAAGAACACGGAUCUCCCCAGGGAGGAGGCGCGCCCCGACACGCCGCAAGCAGAUUCGCAGAGGUCGGAUAUUCAUGUACCACGUAUUAAGAAGCAAAAAAUAUGCGCCGCUGAAGAUCGCAAGCCAGCUUCACACGCCGCACUGGAGCGCGCGCAUUUACUGAAAAUAAUUGACACAAUAGAGGAAAUUAAAUCGUAA